AUGCGAAGGGGUUCAGAUCACCGAUCUUCGGUACGUGUUCAAUCGGAUCCAGCUGGACGCCUGGUUAUUACAGGUCAACCUGAGCAGCCUGAAAAUCCAUGGGGUAUCAGUGCCUUUAAAAAGGUAGUCAGCUUACCUGGAAGAAUUGAUCCUCUUCAGACAUCUGCCGUUGUCAGCCUGCAUGGAAGACUCUUUGUUCGUGUUCCUUUUGAGCAGUCGAAUAUGUAAAUUGAAACCGAUGUUGAGCAAAGAUGGUUCCUGGUAGGGAUUGGAUCAUCAAAACCAUCGUUGCUGAAUCAGCAGAAGCUACGUAACGUCCUUAAUGUUGAGCUUUGCUGUUUUAUUAUUGUGCAUGUCAGCAUUUACACGUUAGUUUUAGAGGUCAUUUGCACUGACAAAAUUUGAGUUAGAUAGUGAGGAGGCUUUUUCGGUUUUAGGCUGCAGCAAUAGCUUUGAUGGCUAACGUUGUAGGACAAAUGGAUCUAUAUUUGGAGUUAAUGUAGGCUUGUCAGUUGUUCCUGUUCCUGUUUCAGUUAAUUUAGACAAUGACAGACAGUUAUCAUUGCAUUGAAAACGUAUUGACGAUUCCAAAUAUUUUUUAACUUUGAG